UUUUUUUACGAUAACAAAUUCUCAAUUUGUCUGCUCUCGCUCAUUCACGCAUCGCAUAAAUUAUAAAUUCAUGUGUCUGUCCGUUUAUUGCCAAUAAAAAUUAGCCAAUGAGCAGGCGAAAAUUUCUCCAGUUAUCGUAAAAAAAUAGAUAGAUUAGAUGAUAUUGCUACAUAACCUUGACAUGGAAAGAAAUUAAGCCCAACUGAAACAGCAUGGAUUAUUUUCAAUAAAGAACAUGGCUGCAAUAUUGAACAUUGUUGAACAACUUGUUUUAAUAACACUUAUUAAAACUUCAGAAAUUUUACUAGUUGGUAUCAACUAAAACUAGUGUCUGCUUUUAUUUCCUUGACCCAUUCAGUUCCAAUGCUUUUGAUAUAAAAAAAUAAUAAUUACAACUUGAUACAGAACAGAACCUCUGAUGUCCGUUCAUUGUCUAUUUACAUCAUUAUCCAUCAUCCAAGAGUUGUCUCAAGUCAACAUCUCAAACAAGGAAGCCACGUGAUAUUCCGUUUGUAAUCCGCCCACCUGUCCAUCAGUGUGCACGUGAACGAAUAACGUGAAGGAACAACAAGAAACAUAAUGGUUUUCUGCUAGGAAUAACUUGAUUAGUUUGAUUGUUGCAUGGAAUGGCAUUGCAGGAUAAUGACUGUCAUCAUAGCAGACACUUGUUUCAGUGCGCAGAAUUGUCGUGGUAAGAUGGUGCGUAUCGCCUUACAAUUCAAGGCCAGUCUGGAAAAUUUAACCAAUGUAAGGCCUGAUGAUGAAGACUUUCGUUGGUACUUGAAGUUGCAGUGUCAGAAUUGUGGAGAAGGUACUAAGGAUUGGGUUUAUAUGUGUCUAUCGGAAAGUCAGGCAAUAAAAGGUAGCAGGGGCAGUGCAAGCUUUGUAUCAAAAUGUAAAUUGUGUGGUCGAGAGAACUCAAUGGAUAUAAUAAAAGACAGUAUUACUGCAUACAAGGCAGAUGAUAGCAACAAGUUCAAGACAAUGGUAGCAUUUGACUGCAGAGGAUUGGAACCAGUUGACUUCUCCCCAAGGGGUGGAUUUGUGGCUGAAGGUGUUGAUUCUGGAUCAAAGUUCUUGGAAGUGAAUUUAACAGAGAAGGACUGGUCUGAUUAUGAUGAGAAAGCUUCAGAGGCUGUUGGAAUCUAUGAGGUUACUCAUCAGUUUCUAAAGCUGUAGUGACUAGCCAGUCAUUGAGAAUAAACUAACUUAUUAUCAUAGCUGUGAGGACAUUGUCCAAACCAAUACUCCUGAGGUGACUGGAGUGGUUUGUCAUUCCCAUGAGAGUACUAGACAAGAUUAUAAAUUUAAAAAAGUAAAUAAAUUAAUUAUCAUUAGCAAGUGUAUAAUAAACCUGAUAUUUGCAUUGUCAGUAUUGGGCUGCAACUAACGGGUAGCCUGGAACUGAGGCCAAUGUGAGGAAUCUUUCCAAAUACAAAUGAAAAUAAUCUCUUUUUAAUGAUAUUCCCUGGCAUAAGCCUCCAUUACAAGCUACAAUGGGCGACACAAGUGUUGAGACACUUGGCAGUUAAACUUGAUUUUCAAGUGUCUUGGACACAUUUUCACCCCUCCNCCCCCCCCCCAGACAAUGUUGAACUUUCUAUUUCGUAGACUGCACAGACCACAGCACCUGCACAACAUUGGGGGAACCAGAGAAUUAACAUUUAACACAAAUGUAAUGGAACAAGUGCUUAAAUAUCGAAAAGUGUUAUUUCCUAAGUGUCUCAACUACUUUUGUCUCCCAUUGUCUGGAGUAUAUUUAUGUAAAUUGUGGUGAUUUCAGUUAUAUAUCCAACCUCUAGCAAGUUAAUUUUUACAAAAGCGACUAAAUACGUGGUUCAGAGUGAUUUGUGACUAAAGAAAAAGUGACAAGUGUUUUUUUCUCACCAAAAUAUAGAUACAGAGACAAAACCUGGUCUAUCCCGUUUCAAAAUUGAUCCAUAUUUAACCCUCAAGGUGGUGUUUAUCGCUACUUUUUCACUUUUAAAGCAUUCAAAGAGUGUCUUUAUCACUUUCAUUCAACGCAAUCCUCCACUAUGACACGAUAGCUACAAGCUUUUCCCUAUUCAGUUGUUAUAUUUUGGCGAAAAAACAGAAAUUAUACCGUUCUUUGGCUAAAAUCUCUCUGUCUGACCUCAAUACAAUGGUUUACCAUCACAGAUGACCUCAAGAUGACGUCACAGUAAGGUGUGCAUAUUGUUUUAAUAAUGACAUUGUACUGAUCACAUAAAAUUUGAUAUUAACCGAUGGUUUAAGUGCUUUUCAACUUUUACUGGGCGAAUUUCCAAAGGUUUCCCAUUGGUAAACCAUUUGUAUAGAAAAGUUAAUUAAUUUAUUCUAUUUUUAAUACUUUACUAUUGAUAACACAUUGAGACCUCAUGACACAAAGUUCAAAAGCGUGAUAAAACAAGUUAUCUUUUGUAAUUUUGUCUGCUGAACAGAGUGCUUCAAACACUUAAGUGUGAUAUAAAAAUGAUGUCAUUACACAUGGUAAACUGUCGUCGCUAAAACUGAUAAAAACAUGCCUUCUGAGCCUUAAAGUUACUUUUAUAACAGUGUUUCAAUUUAAUUGCUAUUGUACAAAGUUUGUGCUUCCAUUUUCAGUUCAGCUUGGAAUAACGAUUGUUUAAUGCAGAUAAAUGCAGUUUUUUCCACCAGUAACCACGAGUAACCACCAUAGAUAACCAAAUGAUGGUUAAAAGGAUACUCUUAAUAUUGCUUAGUCAAUUCGUGGUUACCUGUGGUUGACUGCAGUUAUCCAUUGAUUUUCUUGUACAGCAGUCAUUUGAAUUACUCCAAGAUAGCCUGCUUUGGGAGUACCACUGGUAGUUUCUAAUUCAACAAUUACUUUAUUAUCUCAUUCCUUUUUCGGAGAGAAAUAAGGUGGAGAUAACCCACACUCUAAAUUGGCGAUGUCACGCACGCAUGUCACGCAAGAUUAAACUUCCAGAAAAGUUUAAUCAAUUUUCUUCCUUAAAGUUUGUACUGAGUAAGCUUGCCAUAAUUUUCCCAUGAAAAGAACCCAAAUCCCAGAAUAAAGCAAUGGCAGACAUUUCAAUUGA